GUGUGUGGAGCCAAAAGAGGACGACGUUCCACGCCCGCCGUCAGUCAGUCCUGCCGCGGGAACAGCCGCUCCACCAGGCGAGAGACAUGGAGGAAGACGCGUCCCACGCCGAGUCCGGCAGCUCCACGGGCAGCACCCACGCCCUCCCGCAGCAGCAGCAGCAGCAGCGGCAGCAGCAGCCCGAAAACCUGGAGAUCAUCUCCGCGAGCCUCAGCCCGUCCUCCGCCCCAUCCUCCCCGUCCGCCACCAGCACCCUGACCCGCCUGGGCUUGAAGAGCCCCACGGGCGCGCCGCCGGCCUCACCUGGCGGCCAGGUGAGCGCCAUCACCGUGGUGGCGCUGCUCGACAAGCUGAAGACCAUGCUGGAGUCGGUGCAGGACAACCAGCAGCGGAUGGAGCAGCGGCAGGCCGAGCUGGAGAGCGCCGUGCGCGGCGUGCAGGGUGACGUGACGCGCCUGUCCAAGGCGCACCUAGCCACCUCCAACAGCGUCAGCAAGCUGCUGGAGCGCUCCCGCAAGAUGAGCGGGGGGCUGAAGGAGGUCAAGGAGCGCCUGGACAGACAGGCCGUCCAGGUGAAGAAGCUGGAGGCCAACCACAGCCACCUGCUGAAGAGGAACCACUUCAAAGUCAUCAUCUCCCAGGAUGACAAUGAGAUCCCAACCAGUGUGGUGGUCAAGGAUUCCCCCAGGACCCCGCUGCCAAGCCUGUACGAUACAGAGUCCAUUCAACCCGCCCCAUCUGUAGCAGGCUCUGUGGAUCCCCUCCGCACCCAAGAUGAGGCUCUGCAGACCAUUAGCCUGUCCUCAGAUGAAGACCUUUCAGUAAUCCAUCGGGAAGAUGAUGAGAUGCUGGAGGGCGACGCUAUGGGGGUUGCUCCCAUCCAGUUUGAAAGAAGGGCUGACAGGUUCAAGCGCAACAGUCUGAAGAAGGUCGAUAGUCUCAAGAAGGCCUUCACCCGUGAAAGCCUUGAGAAGAAGAUGGCCAAGAUCUCUACCAAGAUUGUACCACCAGAGAAGCGGGAGAAAAUCAAGAAGAGCUUAACCCCUAACCAUCCGAAGAGCCCAACCUCGAAGAGCUCGUCCUUUAAGGUGGCUCCCAUGACGUUCACAGUGAAGAAAGUCCGAGCUGGGGAGGCCACCACGCCAGAAAAUGUCUCGCCUGAGAAGGAUGCUCACGUCGAAAUUCCUGUUCUCGGAGGCCUAGAUGGUGAGAACUCCCUGGCAAAGGUUCAGACCCUGGAGGAUGCUGCAGGGCAGAUUCAGGAGGCACUCAGCCCCACCGCAAAAGAGAGUGUGAAAGUAGAGGUGUCAAUCAAUGGAAAAGCACCGAGCGUGGAGUGUGAGCUGAACGGCGAGCGUGUGGCCGGCCUGGCGGUUCCAGAACAGAUGGAAGAUGAUGAAGAUGAAGAGGAGGAAGAGAAGGAUGUGGAGAAACAAGAAAGUGGAGAUGAAACUACCCCGAACAAGACAACAGAGAAUGAGACAACCGCAAACGAGACAACCGCCAAUGAGAUAGGCGUCAAUGACACAACCGUCGCUCCGGUUGCCACUGGGGCAGUUGCUGUGGAGCAAGUGUCUUAACUGUAAUUUCCUUAAAACAUCUAUUCUGCUUUGGUUCUGUAAUUACAGAAGGCCCAGUAGGUCUUAAUUGCCUACACCGACACUCUUGAGAGCUUUUCCUUUGCUUCAGAUGGAAACAUACUCCAGACUUUCACUGAUAUUCCCUCCCUGAACAUUUGCCGCCACGUUUUCUUUGAUUACCAGCAAAAACCUUGCCAGGAAUUAUACCAGCAACUAGAAAUGACUCCGCGUCUCUUCAAGAAAACAAAAAAAGCAGAUCUAGCGUAUUUCCCUAAAUGUUUUCGUUAGGCCCUCAAAGAAGAAUACCCACAGUUCAGCUGGUAGGUCCACAUCUCCAAGGCACUGGUCCAACCAUCCUGCUCCUGCUGUGUGUGUCUGCAUCUGCUCGCCUCUCUGUGCUACAUUGACAUGCAACCUUUUUGUUCUUUUUCUUUUAGUGGAAAACGGUAAAUCUCUGUCAACAGGAGUGCAACCGAUAACCUGUCUUAGCACUGGGUUGCCAGGUUGUUCAAGACUUGGAAUGAGUUUGUUUUGUUUUAUUUCAGUGAGCAGGCGUGGGGUGCUUUUUUAAAUAGUGGAUUGAGAAAGUUGACUGCCUUUUCUUCAAUUUCUUGUUUUUAUGCUAAAUAUAUUAAGUAUUGUGAAGUUUGGGUACAGGCUUGCUUUUCUGUCUUUCCCAGUGACACCAUUUAUUCUGCUUGGCACAUUAUCAUAUAAUUGCUUUCCAAUCGUAAAAUGACUGUGUAGAAUGUCUGAAUAGAAAAGAAAUGUGUUGUUGUUGACAAUCUUCAAUCAGUAACGUAAAUGAAGUAAAUCAAAUCACAAAUAUAGAACAAAGUUUGAUCAUGAUUUAAGAUCAUGGCACCUUUUCAGCCAUAUUUGUCUUUUGUCAAAUUUCCUUUCAUGCUUGGGUGCAAGAAUUAUUGUUACUCUGCUACUCCCUAAGGAUGUAAAUAUAGUAACUUUGCUCUGAUAUUUUAAAUGGAUGCAAAUGCCUUCUUUAAAGAUUAGAUCUGUGAAUUGUUUCACUACAGUUUCUUCAUAGCAAACAUUUGAUUUGUAGAAGAAAAAUCUAUGAAUUUCAAGUUUAAAUGUUCACUCUGUUUCAUAUUCUUGGACUUAAAAGGAAUAAAAGUACAAUUUUACUAAGUAGAAAUAUUACUGAGCCCCCCCCCCCUUGCUGUAGUGCAUGCUUAAAUGCAGACUUGCUCGUACACUGCCAUUAUCUGGUUUGCGUGAUUGCACACCUAUGUCUUUGGUGAUGAAUAAAAGUCAAACACAUCUGAUUUUUGUUUUUCUUUGAUGAAUUCCUUCCAUCCAAUACAGUUUACACAAAAUAUACAGGAUGUUUGAAAUGAUUAGCAAACAGUCACCUGAAGUUACACCAUUAAAAGCACUAUUCCCCCCCCCACUUUUGCUCCAUCACAAAACUGUAUUUUUUUUUAAAUGUUGGCAACAACAGAUACAAAUUGUCUCAAGUACAAAUUUUAUACUAUAUUUAAAAAAAAAAUAUCUUUGAAUUUGCAUUGCUGUGAAUGAAAACAAGUAAAAUGAUUUGGUUUGCAGAUCAGAAGCAGUGAACCCAGUUCAGACACACACAUGCUCUGUUCAUGUUUGUCCCGCAGUUGGACUGGAUCCGAUCCACCACGGGUGUUCUGCUCUACUGCAAAAGGAAAGAAUUGUAAUGAGAAUUGAAGGAAAAGAUGUUAAUGUUAGCUAAUGAUAAGGCGUGUACCUUUUACACGUGAGAUGAUGAAGUUGGGAGAGUCUCAUGCAUCUGUCAGUGGAAAAUGAGACAUUUUUAAGAAACACGGAAGCCAAUAGCUGAAAAACGUUGUUGGGAAAUUGUACUCAGCUUAGAAAUCCUCCAUCUGUGUUCAAUUUAGUGCAGUUUUAAAGUUGCGAUUUGUUUUCCAGAUUGUUAUGAGAUAGAAAAUAGAAAUAUUUAUACACAUAUUUGAACAUUUAAAAUAUAGACCCCCCCAUCUCAUUUACCAUAAAUAAAACACAGAGCAGCUCUUGUACUUUGUGCUCGAACACACAUUUGUUCAACUUUUCCUUGACAAUAGCAUUUAGUGGGGUUUACAGCUAUUGCAUUGGGUGUUUUUGUACAAGAAUUACAAUGUUUAAAAUGUAUUUUUAUUUCUGUCAAUACAUUCUGGUUAAAACUGUUAUGGGGAGAACUGGUGUAAAAAUGGACAAGAAUAUAGCAAAUAGGGAAUAAAUCAUUUUGCUAAAUUUUUUUUUUUUACAUUAACUGUUUACAACAUUAACAAAGUAAGUAAAAAUGCAAUAAUUACUUAAAUAGGUUAAUCAACUCAAAUUAUUUUUUUUAAUGAAAAAGUAUUUGAACUUUAACUUUAAAACUUUAUAGAUGUUUUUUCUUUUUUGUCUGAAUAUUUUCAAAUAAAUACAUGCAUAAAGAUACUUUUAAUACUUUUCUGUGACCUGUAAUUCUUCUAUCAGCAGCGUCUCAUAAUUGGGAUUGAGCACUGGGCUUCAUUGUUCAAUAAUUUAGUCUGUUCUUUUCUAUAUAAUGUUUAAAUUGGCUUUAGUUCUGUCUAUAAAUGUAUAUUUAACAUCCUGUAAAAAUUAGAUUUUCAUAUUUCCAAUUUCUUCAUAAAAUUGUGAUUAUAUGAUAAUCUCCCUAUCAACAUGUAACUUGUGCCUUGUCCAGAAGGAUUAUUGUUAUAAACCCCAUCCUUAUUUUUACCUUUUGCCGUUCAUUUAGCCCCCCCCCCCCUACCCGUGAACCAAAGACAUUUUCCCAUCAGCAGAUUUCCUGCCACUUGAGUGUUUGAAAAUGUUCUAGUUCUGGACACAUAAUUCCACCCUGUGAGCAUUUCUUUAUCAGACUUGUAGUUUUACUUCUAUAAAUAAAACUUUUAUGAGACUAAA